AUGAAGAUUGGGAUGCUUCUUCAGUUCUAUUUGGCAUCACUUGUCGCUCAAGUUCAAACACUUUUGUUAGCAAUGCGACACAAUCGUCCGUAUUAUUAUUUCACAAGCUAUGUCGUGUUUGUAGUAUUUAGUAUAUACAACCAUAUCCCUUUCUUCAUAGUUAUCGCCCCUCUUCUUGUUUUCAUUCUCUCACUCUUUAUUGCUACCGAUGACUUCCCACAUAUGUACUAUAUGAAACAGUCGCCGUUCUCGGCAACUUUAAUCCAGAAAACGCCAAAGCUACAGGAACCCUACAAAUGCCCUCUUAAAGUGCUCUCGGGCCAUUUAUUGACUACAUACACCUCUCAACGCCCAUCUCCCUAUUCGUUCUCAUAUACUCGUGUAGUUGUUAAUUGCAUUGAUGGUGGCGUGUGUGGGUUAGAUAUCUUAGACAAUGAUAUUCCAGACACUGCCUCGGUAGUUUUAUUAGUGCCUGGUGCAGUUGGUGACACAAAAAGUUUGUACAUCAAGAAAGCAGUCAAAAAGUUCAGUGACGAAGGGUUCCGACCCAUUGUUCUUAUUAAAAGAGGAUUGUCUGGACUUCCUUUGAAAACACCAAAGAUAUACAAUGCACUCAAUUGUGAAGACAUUCAUGACGCCGUCAAGGUGUUACAUCAAAAGUAUCCAAAUGCAUAUGUUAAUGUCGUUGGAUACUCUCUUGGGGCAUCACAAGUUGUUCGACUGUCGUAUCAAUACUCAAGUGAGUUACUUCAGUACAACGUCAAUAGUUGUGCUGGUGUAUGUGUUCCAUGGGGAUUGUCUGCUUUAGAUAUACCAGAUUUGUACUCAAAGAAGUUAGCCGGGGAGUACGUUGACAUCAUUACAAACAACAAAGAAUUGUUUGAGAACGUCGUUGUUGACAACAAAAAGGUGUACGACCUCGACGAUAUCAAAGACAUCAAUUUGACUCAAUUGGAGCAGAAAGUGAUCACCCCAAUGUUUGGGUAUAAAAGUGUUGAGGCUUAUCAUUGGGACGCUGAACAAUGGUUCCAGAACUUACCAUGCACUAAAAUACCGACUUUCACAAUCAAUUCAUUCGAUGACCCAGUUUGCAACGAUCAAAGUUAUUCAUAUUUGAGAGUUAAGGCGAUUUCAGGGUUCAGUCCAUUUGUCAUCACAUCAUAUACUCAACGAGGAGGACAUUGUAUAUUCAGCGAUUCAAUGGAUGAUACAACCCUUUCUUAUGCCGAUGGGAACGUCUCUGCGUUCAUCAAGAGUGUUGAAGAGAUGAACAAAAGUGGAGCUCUUGCGAAUUAUGUGAAAGACGCGGAGGAUCAAUUUAAAUGGAUAAAUGAGUGA